AUGGAGCAGCUACUAACGAGUGAACAGCGGGAGGUGCUUAUAGCGGUGGAUGGAAGCGAUUUCCACCCACCCUCCCUCCCUCCCUCCCUCCCUCCCUCCCUCCUCCUCCCUCCCUCCCUCCCUCCCUCCCUCCCUCCCUCCCUCCCUCCCUCCCUUUCUCCCUCCCUCCCUCCCUCCCUCCCUCCCUCCCUCCCUCCCUCCCUCCCUCCCUCCCUCCCUCCCUCCCCCCCUCCCUCCCCCCCUCCCUCCCUCCCUCCCUCCCUCCCUCCCUCCCUCCCUCCCUCCCUCCCUCCCUCCCUCCCUCCCUCCCUCCCUCCCUCCCUCCUUCCCUCUCUCCCUCCCUCCCUCCCUCCCUCCCUCCCUCCCUCCCUCCCUCCCUCCCUCCCUCCCUCCCUCCCUCCCUCCCUCCCUCCCUCCCUCCCUCCCUCCCUCCCUUCCCCCCUCCCUCCCUCCCUCCCUCCCUCCCUCCCUCCCUCCCUCCCUCCCUCCCUCCCUCCCUCCCUCCCUCCCUCCCUCCCUCCCUCCCUCACUCUCUUCCCUCCCUCCCUCCCUCCCUCCCUCCCUCCCUCCCUAAAGCCCUCCCACCCUCCCUGGCUCCCUCUCUCCUCCCCUCCCUCCCUCCCUCCUCUCCUCCCCCCCUCCCUCCCUCCCUCCCUCCCUCCCUCCCUCCCUCCCUCCCUCCCUCCCUCCCUCCCUUCCCCCCUCCCUCCCUCCCUCACUCUCUUCCCUCCCUCCCUCUCUCACUCUCUUCCCUUCAACAACCAAGUCGCGUCAUCUGCCCAAUUCACAUCAUCUGCGCACUGCCGCCCUCUCUCUCACGCUCGCGUCGUCAGCCAAGCGGACUCACAUGCUGCAGCAAGCUCGCACGCUCUGCGCACUGUCGGGCGAUGCUGCCUCCCUCACUCGCACCCUCUGCGCAUCGCCCGACAGUACUCUCUGCGCCGUUCUCUCUGUUCAGAGCUGGCGUUCAACUGGGCGUUGAGGAAUUACUGCAAGGCCCAGGAUCAUGUGCGCCUCAUUCACGUGCGCAAGUCAUUUGACGACAUGGUGGGCAAGCUCCCAGCGGACGCCAUAGCAACGUUGGAGGCGCAGGCAGAGGCAGCUGCGCGUGCAAUAGUGGAGAAGUACAUGAAGAAAUGCGCUGUGGCGGAUCUGGACUGUGACUGGAAGAUAGCGGUGGGGGACGAGCGCGAGGUGAUCUGCAGGGAGGUGAUGCGUGUGUGUGCAGACGUGCUUAUAGUCGGCACACGGGGGCUGUCGCCUGUUAAGAAAGCUUUGCUUGGAUCUGUCAGCGAGUAUUGUGCGCACCACAGUGCAUGCCCGGUGAUCAUUGUCAAGGCAAAGGAACCCAAGCCCGUGCCUAGCUGGGUGAUUGACCCCGUGCCCAAUGCCCAGGACCCCACAUGCCCCUUCACUUUCCCCCACAUCUUCUUCCCUCCUGUCACCCCCACCGCUGCCGCUGUUGUCCCUACUGCUGCUCCUACUGCUACCACCACUGUUGCCUCUCCUUCCCCUGUCUCCCAUGUCACACGAUGCAUCCUCUACAAGCGUCUUCGUUAA